UCAUUAAACACAAUAAUCCUGAUCAAAGUUCCUCUGCAGCUGCUGUCUUCAUGGGCAUGUUGACAGUGGCAUCAGGGAAACGCGCUGCUCUUCGGACAACAACAUGGGCUCUGGAGACAGUUUGAGAAAGACUGCUGUGCUGAUCGGAAUCUUUGCAGUUGUGACGGUGCAAGGUGUUCCGACAUUUAUUGGUGAUAAUGCAGAUGCAGGCGAACUGAGGGAUGACAUACCUGAGAUCAACCGAGGGUUAAAACACCUUUUUGAGGGAGACAUUGCUGGUAAUCCAAGCAGAAAUGCAAUCCUUGAUGAAACAAGAAGAUGGAAGUUUCCCAUCCCCUAUAUCUUAACUGAUUCUUUAGAACUGAAUGCUAAAGGUGUGAUCCUCCAGGCUUUUGAGGAAUACCGUUUGAGAUCCUGUGUGGACUUCAAACCAUACGAAGGAGAGACCAGCUACAUCUCUUUCACCAAGCUGUCUGGAUGCUGGUCAUAUGUAGGAGAUGAUAGAAAAGGCCAGAAUGUGUCCAUUGGGGCCAGGUGUGACACUAAGGCCAUUGUGGAACAUGAGCUCCUCCACGCUCUGGGCUUUUACCACGAACAGUCUCGCUCAGACAGAGAUGACUAUGUUAAGAUCUGGUGGGACCAGAUUGAAGAAGGAAUGGAGCACAAUUUCAAUAAAUACGAGGAUGACUUCAUCACUGAUCUGAACACACCAUAUGAUUAUGAGUCUGUAAUGCACUACAGGCCACUGUCUUUCAACAAGAAUGAAAGCAUACCCACAAUCACCACCACCAUACCAAACUUUAAUGAGGUCAUUGGCCAGCGGCUGGACUUCAGUGCUGUUGACAUUACCAGGCUCAACCGCAUGUAUGACUGUGCCACAACACACACUCUCCUGGAUCAGUGCUCAUUUGAGCUGAUCAACAUUUGUGGAAUGAUCCAGAAUGAGGAUGACAAUGCAGACUGGGUACAGACGUUGAGCAGUCCAGCUGAUACUGACCACACCCUGGCAGGGCGCUGCAGAGAUUCUGGCUACUUCAUGAAGUUUGACACAUCUCCCGGUGCAGUUGGCAGCAGCGCCUUGCUGGAGUCACGUAUCCUCUACCCCAACAGAGACGAACAGUGCCUGCAGUUCUUCUACAAGAUGACUGGAGCAGCUGGGGACAAACUGGUGAUAUGGGUCAGGACUGAUGAUGGGACAGGGACUGUACGCAGUGUCAGGAAAAUCUACACCAUCACUGGUGAUGGAGAUGACGCCUGGAAAAUAGCUCACGUGAAACUCAAGGUGACAAAGAAGUUCCGCUAUUUCUUCCAAGGCAUCAGAGGAUCAUCCAGCUCCUCGGGCGCUAUCUUAAUUGAUGACAUCACUCUUACAGAGACCAGUUGCCCCAGUGCUGUCUGGCAAAUCCACAAUUUCACUGGCCUCCUCACCACUACUCCCAUUGGCGGACUGGUUAGAAGCAGGUGCUUCUAUAACUCGGAGGGCUACUCAUUCGGUAUUAGUGUCUACCCAAAUGGAAGAGACCCUGCAUACCCAGACUAUGUUGGCAUGAGCUUGCACCUCUGCAGUGGGGAAAACGAUGCAGUGAUGCAGUGGCCAGUUGCAAACAGGCAGGCGACCAUUGUUGCCAUGGAUCAGGACCCUGAUGUUAAACUGAGGAUGUCCUCUACAAGAAGCUUCACCACAGACACUAAUGCACGCUGGAACAAGCCAACAGCUACUUCAGGGGCAGUGUGGGAUAUCAGCUGCCAGUGCUACCGCAGUCAGGACUAUGGCUGGAGCACAUUCAUCUCUCACAAACACCUGCACAGAAGGAGCUUCCUGAAAGACAGUGAUCUAAUCAUUACUGCCGACUUCAAUGAUUUGACCCACCUGAUCAAGACUGAGGUGCCUGUCAAACCAGCUGCACCAAUGAAUGACAACACAGAUGAGAAGUCACUCAGUGAGGUGGAGGAGAGACAGGAGGCUCCGAAACACAGAGAGCCACGUGCUGCCAACCCCUGUCAUCCCAACCCUUGUUUUAAUGGAGGCGUGUGUGUGGAGAAUGAAGGGAAAGCCUCAUGCAGGUGUGUGACAAGCCAGAUCACCUACUACACUGGUAAAAGAUGUGAGGAACUGAACAUGGACGGAGGCAUUCUGGGAGCUCUGAUUGGUGGUGCAGCUGGGGUGGUAGUUCUGACACUGGCCAUCUUCACCAUCAUCAGGAGGGCUCAGUGAAACCUAUUUUAGAGGACUAAUGUGUCCUCUGCCUUCAUUUAGCAGCAAAAUCACAACAAAAAUACUGCCAAUACUGAUUUUUUUUUUUCUUUAGACAGAGCCUAGAGCAAAGACUUUCAAAAUCUAAACCUCCCCCCAAAACACAAAUUAAUAUAAGGUUCACUUUUAAAAUUGGUACAUUCAUUGUGUGGUAGUAACAGUGGUAAGUUAAAGGAUAACUGACUGAUGGAGACAAAACCCUUGCAAUCAUUCCACUGCUGAGCAAGAACAGUGUACCCAGAAACAGAUACUAGAAUCUAGAGAGUGUUUUUUUUUCACUGAUAGGUUCAGAUUGUUAUUAGAAGUGUCAAUAUUGUGGAAAGGGUUCCUUUCCAGACCUUUUUGUUAAACCAGAAACAGCCUGUCAGUGGCAAAAACAAGCCCCCUGGUGGACAUACUUUCUGCAUGUGUUGCACUCGUUUGAUAACAUUGCAGUGCUUUUUUGUGGUUGCUGUGUACAUCAUUCUUACACCAUAGUGGACCAUUUGCAGAUUUAUGUUCCAAUCAAUCAUUUACAUUGGGAAAAUAAAAAGUUUAAAAAAGUUUAAAAUCCCACUGCUUUUAUAGACUAUAGAGGAAACUACAGCUGUCAAACUUUAGUGCCCCAAACUAACAACCUUAUGCAAGAGGAUAACAUCAGUAGUUCUGUAUCCUCGGUGUGGAUUAUUUGUAUCAUAAAAAUAAUCAUAUAUAGUCUGCUAAAUUAAUUCUGUUGUGAACAGUGUAUGUUUGGGUGGAAAUAUCUAAAUAAUGCAUGGUAUGAACAACAAUUAAAUAUGUUAUAUUUUUUUGUC